AACCCUGAAGCCUGCACACGAAAACUAAACAAGAAGGAAAGAAACAUAGAAAUGGCUCUCUGCCAGAUAAAGCAGCUACUAAUCAUAAGUAGUGUAUUAGCUUUAAUGCAAACUCUUUCCUAUGGAAGAGUAAACCUAAAUCCCAGCUUUAAAAUUAAAGCAGUUAAUCUUGGAGGUUGGCUUGUUACAGAAGGAUGGAUUAAACCUUCUCUUUUUGAUGGCAUCUCCAACAACAAUUUCUUGGAUGGGACUGAAGUUCAGCUUAAAUCAGUCACAGUUGGAAAGUAUCUUUGUGCAGAACUAGGUGGAGGAACUCUAAUAGUUGCAAAUAGAACAUCUGCUUCAGGCUGGGAAACGUUUAGAUUAUGGAGGAUCAAUGCCACCACUUUCAAUUUUAGGGUUUUCAAUAAUCGAUUCAUGGGUUUGGACGCCAAGAGCAAUGGAGCUAAUAUAAUAUCUGCUUCCAACACACCAGGGAGAUCAGAGACGUUUGAGAUUGUUAUAAACCCUGAAGAAACUACCCGUGUUAGAAUCAAAGCUUCCAAUGGAUUCUUUUUGCAGGUGAAAACAGAGGAGCUGGUGACAGCAGAUUAUGCAGGUGAUAGUAGUACGUGGGAAGAUGAUGACCCAUCUGUAUUUCAGUUUACUAAUAGAACGAGAUUUCUUGGAGAGUUUCAGGUGACUAAUGGUUAUGGUCCAGAAUUAGCCCCAAAAGUUAUGCAAGAACAUUGGAAUACAUUUAUAGUAGAAGAAGACUUCAAGUUCAUAUCUAAAAACGGAUUAAACGCCGUCAGAAUACCUGUUGGUUGGUGGAUAGCAAGCGAUCCAACACCUCCAAAGCCUUAUGUAGGAGGCUCGCUGCAAGCUUUAGACAAUGCCUUCUCAUGGGCAGAAAAAUAUGGAUUGAAGGUUAUAAUCGACCUACAUGCUGCUCCUGGCUCUCAAAAUGGCAUGGAACACAGCUCUUCAAGAGAUGGGUCUCAAGAAUGGGGAUUAACAGAAAAGAACAUACAGCAAACAGUUGGGGUUAUAGACUUUUUAGCUUCUAGGUAUGCUAAGAGCCCAAGCUUACAUGCAGUUGAGCUAAUAAAUGAGCCUCUUUCACCAGGAGCAACACUAGAUAUGGUGACGAAGUAUUACCAAGCUGGUUACAACGCAGUUCGCAAAUACUCUUCUACAGCUUAUGUAGUUAUGUCAAAUAGGCUGGGACCAUCUGACUCAACAGAACUCUUUCCUCUUGCAAGUGGCUUAACCAGAACAGUAAUUGAUGUUCAUUAUUAUAAUCUCUUCUCCGAUGUGUUUGAUAAUAUGAGUGUGCAACAGAACAUUGAUUUCAUCAACACUAAUCGGACAGCUCAAUUGAACAAUGUCACCACAUCAAAUGGACCUCUCACUUUUGUCGGAGAAUGGGUGGCAGAGUGGCAAGUUACAGGUGCAACUAAAGAGGAUUACCAGAGAUUUGGCAAAGCCCAGUUACAGGUAUAUGGGCGUGCAAGCUUUGGAUGGGCGUACUGGACUCUUAAGAAUGUGAACAGCCAUUGGAGCUUAGAAUGGAUGAUCAACAAUGGUUACAUCAAGCUCUAGAUGCGAACAUCACACAUGUUUCGUAUAUUUCCAGCAUUCCAAAUUCAUCUUCUUAGUUUGAUCAUGAACAAACAAAACCAUCCAUGCCUGUAUAAGAUAACUAGCAAAAGAACAAAAUAAAUUUCCUCUGAUAUUAUUUUCUUUUA